GAUCAUUGAUUAGUACUGACACGCGUCGGAUGGCGUGGAGUGGAGUCGCGUUUUGAUAGUAUGUCUUAAGCUUUAUAAUAAUAUUAGCUUCCAUGGUCAUGAAAUGAUGAAUUAAAUAAAAAAAAAAACUGAAAAUGAAAUAUUUUGCUCAAAGUUCCACAAUUUUAUGAAUUGUUUUCAAUUUUCAUUUAUAAUUUUAAUUUCGGAGACGGAAUUUAUGAGUUUGUAAUCUAAUAUUAUGUAAUUUUAUUUUAAUAUAUAUAUAAAUAAUAAAAACCGUUGUUGGUGUAACGUAUUUUAAGUACAUUUACAAUUAUAUCGUGAUUCGUGUAUAUUUUAAACUAACGUUAUGUCGAUCCUUGAGGAUAAACUCAGAAAUCUAAGGGAACAAAAUAUUGAAUUGGGGCAAGAAUUACAAUUUUGGAAGUUGACUGCAGCCGAGAAAGAAACUGAAAAAAUCAAUGCUAUGAGAGAUGCUAAUGAAUUGAGACUACAACUAAGUAUGUCAAAAAAUAAGUUCAUGUCCGAUAGUAGGCAAUUGGUAAAUAUGUUACAAACCACAAGUGAGACAGUAAUCUCCCAUUUAGUGCAAAGCUCUACAGUAAUAGCAGAACUAUUAGAGGCUGCAAAAACACAUAUGAAAAAUUGGGAAGAAAGAAACAUAACUACUAGGAAAUGGAGUUAUGGAAGUCCAGUAUCAAAUGGAAAAGUCCACAGAGUGCCUCCAUUGAUGCUGGAUGGGCGAUCAUUACAACCUGUUGUAUCAUUAAGUAGAACAUUAUUAACAAAUAAUAAUAGAACAGAGAGCUCCAGUCUGAAUAGCAGUAGAUUAGUACCAAGAGCUGUUCCUAUGCAUUUGUUACAAGAUGUGUAUAUACCACUGACUAGGAUUGAUGUGUCUGACCUACAGAACAACGAAGAUGAGGAUGACAGCACUAGCAAUAAUAGCAAUAACAGUUUACAAGAUGAGCAAGAUGGUGAUGAAGAGGAGGGCAAUGUAUCACCCAUCCUAAAUAAUGAAGAGAACGUGAAUAAUUCAAGGGAACUUCAUCCAAUUUCAGAAGAGGCUGGGUCCCUGAAUGUCACAGAAAGGACUCCUGAGGAUCCAUUGGAAGGGCCAAGCUGGUUGCUGGACCAACCCACUACUAACGGCCAGAAGUCGAAGCAAAACAGUCCUUCAGAUGAUUCAGAGGAAGAGGAUCCGAUAGAGAAUCAAGUCAGAUCGCAUGACCAUGAGCAAACUGGCCAGAAGUCGAAGCAAAAUAGUCCUGCAGAUGAUUCAGAGGAAGAGGAUCCGAUAGAGAAUCAAGUCAGAUCGCAUAACCAUGAGCAAACUGGCCAGAAGUCGAAGCAAAACAGUCCUGCAGAUGAUUCAGAGGAAGAUGAUUCAGAGAAAGAGGAUCCGAUAGAGAAUCAAGUCGGAUCACAUGACCAUGAGCAAACUCAGGAAUCGCCAGCGUUUGUUCGCAGCGAGUUCACGCCGACGGUGCGCCGGCGCAAGUGUGCGCAGUCGCCGUGCGUCACCCCGCGCUCGCCGUUGCUGAUGGGUCCUGGUCCGCGUCCACGACUAAACAGUUGCAACGGACGGAUACUGAAGGUUAUGUUGAGCAAGAUUUCUUUCGAUGAUGACGUACGGAAUGACGUCACACAACGCGAGGGGGGACAGUUAAUAGAUGACGGCGGAUCUCACCAACCCCCGCUGAAAGCGCGCGGCUUGGCGAAUUCUUCACGGAAAAAUCCAUCAAUACUUUUGAUACCACGUUCACCUACAGAUCGUCGAACACUCAAAAAAUCAAAAAGGGACCAAUCUCCUCACAGUUCGCAUGAUAAUAUCAACUUACCCGAAAGUAAUCACAGCAGAUUAACAGUAAAUGGGUUAAGCGAAGGACUCCAAGGUAUCGGGUCACAGUUUGGAUCAGAUAGUCGCGGCUUGGAGCCGGAUCGCAACGACCAGACCCCGGGCAAACCCAAACGAAGACGGAAAAGGCUGGCUACUCUCUCAUCGUUCGACUCGCCGAGCCCGAAUGGAUCGACUAGCUCUCGGGUGAUUGUCUUGACAACCCAGUCGGAGCGGUGUAACAAUAGGCUGGGCAGCAGGACCUCGGAGCUCGGCAAUGACUCCAACAGUGAUAGCAGCAACGACCUGGGGGCCGAGGGACGACCGCGCCGCAAGCGGAACCCUAUCCAGUACACAGAGAAGCCACUCAACAGAAAAUUACGAAGAUGAUGGUAACUCCACCCAUUGUGACAGCUCCACUCAGUAUCAAGACUGCACCAUAUAUUUUGUUUCAUUAAUUAAUUUAUCUUAAUUAUUUUAUUUGAGAAUUGUACGUAAUCGUGUUUUAAGUAUCGUAUACUAAUUUAAUGCGUUAUUUUAGUUUGAUUCUAGUUAUAUAGACUUGAUUUAAUUUAAUUUAAUUGAGAUAUAUUUUGACAUGUUUCAUUUAUUUGUACUUAUUUAACCCUGUGACAGUUGUCUCGGGGGCAUCUUAUAACCCCGCGAAGUAGGGAAAAUUGUCAUUGAAAUGGAUACAAUAAUAUAUAUUUAUAUACACCGUCAUUUUAAAAAUUACCAUUAAAACCUUGAGAAUAAUAAAAACAAUGUCCAAAAUUGUUUCCACGCAAAUGUCAAAUAAUUGACAAAUUAAUUUUAAUUCAUAAUUUUAUUAUUAAAUCGUUUAUUCCUCGCCACCGAUAUAGGAUCAUAACCUGUUAGUUUUGAAUGUCUCCAGGAAGGGAUAAAUGAAAAAUGAAGAACUACUUUAAUUGUAAAUUUACUAUUUAUUAAAAGGCUCUAAAUAUAAUUACAUCUGAGACUCUAAGACGCUAUAGUACAGAAAGUGUAAAAGGCGGUCGGUCUGUCUUAAACAUACUGACUCAUAUGUGUAUGACAUUUACUUUUUUUUUUAUUGUGUUCUGUUUCAUUGUCUAUUCACAACAUAAUGACAUUACCAUAAAUAGUAUAAGUAUUAAGUCCACAAUGUUAAGGACGAUUUUUGUGAAGUUAAAUAUUAUAUAUAAUAUAAUUAUUAUUAGUAAUAAUAAUUGUGGUAUUCUCAUUUUAUUGACAAAUAAAUUUGCUGUAUAAUUGCGAUCUCUUAGCCUGGA